AUGCUAUAUCGCCUGCGAUAUAGGCAACUAUCUUGUGUGUUUGUUGAUGAUGGCUUUUUUUUCAAGUUUUCAAAUGUUCGAAAGGCUUUUGGACAUUAUUGUUAUUAACGGUUUCAAAGUAAAUAUUCCGUAACCAGUUUCGAAGUCUGUUUUACAUAACUUAUCUGUUUCAUGUUAUCAAUUCGAAGCUUGUUUUAUGAAAGUUUGAUUAGUUAAUUUAUAAAAAAUCCGAGUUUUUUUUUUUACAUUCACUGACAAAAAUAUUCCAAAAACUGGAUAAACACUGUUUUUGUCAUUUUUGAAAUGGUCAAACGACCUAUAGUCUGUUCAGGUUGUGAAUGUCAAUUAACUCACCCCGCCCUAAAAUAUUUUUCGUGUCAAUGUUUCAUCUCUAGAUGACGAGAAACUUAUAAUAUUACUGCAUUUUUUAACCUCUAUUUCCAUCUUUUAGAACAAAAAAGAUCAAAGAUCGACGUGAAAAGGUGCUGUGCCAGCAGGGGCAAAGUUAGCUGGUUGAUAUUUAAAAUCGGAACAGACUAUAGGCCAUUUCGCGCCAGCUUGUCACGUUUUUCUUUCCGCCAAAAGGCCAGGUCAAAUUUGACCAACUUCGCUUCACGACCUUUGUUUCUUGCCGUUGUAAAAGCAGAAAUUUGAUCUAAUUUGGCGCGGAAUAGGCUAUUGCCGUGUUUAAUUUGAUUCCGCGAAAUGCAAAAUUAUCUCUGACUCUCCAAAAUUUAGUGAUCUUUUCCUUUCUCUAACGGGUAUUUUGCAUUUCACGGAAUCAAAUUGAACAUGGCAUAUACAAAAAUCAAAAAAAUUUUUAGCCUUCUGGAGACGCAAACAACUUCAAAAAAAUUCAAAAAGAAAAAAACCAAUAAAAAAAUUGAGCAAACCGACUGACUCUUUCAAAAUGUUUAAAUUAUUUGUGGUGUGAGCGCUUUUCUCAGAUUUAUUUUUUUCUACUUUCAAAAAAACUAUUCGAUGCCGUGUUCAAAGGGAUUUUUUUGCGAAAUGCAAAAUUUACUCUGAUUUUGAAAAAAAUUUUGUAAUCUUUUUUUCUUUCUCUGGCGGCUUUUUUUGAACUUAGCAAAAAUCACCUUGAACACGGCGUAAGGACUGUUCUGAAACUUGUAUUUCUAAUGAGAGGGAUAAUAUAUUCAUAUGCUCCAUUUUCUAUUGUUCUUUUUUUUGGCGUUUCCGAAACUAAUUUCACGAGUGUAGAAAAACAGUCUUUCUGGUUCAAAAUCACAAGCCGAAAAGAUAGGAAACGCGGAUGGAUGGUUUCGCUCUUUCGGCAUGAGAAAAAAAGAAACUUUAAAAGGAAACUUGUUGGGAUUUUGUCAGAGAGGUGAAGUCAUCCAAACACGUUUUUGGUAAUGUACCGCGUUUCCCAUUCACCGGUCAUUGUUUUUGAGAUGUCGAGCAACUUUCAUACGGAGGUCGAUCGAGUUUACAAUACUUUUAAAAUACUUUUAUAAUAAUUUAUAACUUCAUCUCAAUCGGCUUUUUUUUAUUGAUUUCUUAUUAAUUCAUAACAAAGCUAAAUCAAUUCUUGUGAUCAACAUUCAGAGUUUUUUUUCAGCCUCAUAUUUUUUUGUCUUCAGGUACAUUUCUUGCUAACAUGGCCAAGUCGAAGAACCACACCAAUCACAACCAGAGUGAGCUUUUAACUUUACUGAACAAAUAAAAUGUUUUUUUUAAGACCGAAAGGCUCACCGAAACGGUAUCAAGAAGCCAACUAAGCAAAGAUUCAUGUCGAUGAGCGGUGUCGACCCGAAGUUCUUGAAAAAUCUUCGUUUCGCCAAGAAGCACAACAAGCGUCACGUCAAGACAGAGUCGAAGGCGUAA